GGGUACAACCGUACAAGUUAGGUCGAGGAAGAAAAGUUUUAAGAAAGAAGGAUGGUAGAAUUGUUAAUGCCUGAUUGCAAGCUGGUUACGACUUAUGAGAGUAGAGCCCACACUAAGUAGGCUUACGUGGCAGUUAGUACAUAGAUUCUAAAGAGAUAGGAUUAUGAUUCUUUUACUCACUUGAAACUAGAAAGGGAAGAGCUUCAUCUCAUAGUACUCAGCUCAUUUCUAUCUCUGAAAGAUGAAGAAAAGUUUGAUAUAAAUGGCAGCCACUUGCUAUAACCUCAUCCAUGGCUUUGGUCACAACAAACUCAAUGGCCAACUCCACAUACAGAGAAAGCUUGUUCCUCCCUACAUGCAUACAUAUUCAAAGUCAUUAUUCUUUUUCAGCUGCAACCUGGAUUACAAAAGGAUACAUACAAGGCACUUGUUGCUACACGUGUCUCCUUCUGGGUUUGGAGAGGAACAACUUGAAGAGUCUGUUUCAAGGACAACCUUGAUUUGGAGGGCAAUCAAGUUGCCAAUUUACUCUGUUGCUUUGGUUCCUCUAACUGUAGGCAGUGCAGCAGCUUAUUUGCAGACGGGUAUGUUCUCUGCUAGGACCUAUUUUGUGCUCUUGGCUUCUUCUGUUCUUGUUAUUACCUGGCUUAAUUUAAGCAAUGAUGUUUAUGAUUUUGAUACUGGUGCUGACAAGAACAAAAAGGAAUCUGUUGUAAAUCUAGUUGGCAGCCGGAAUGGAACCUUUGUUGCUGCCUACUUGUGCUUUGCUCUUGGCUUCAUUGGCCUCACUUGGGCUUCUGUUCAAGCACGAAAUACGCCUUCGAUCGUGCUUCUUGCUUGCGCAAUUAUAUGUGGCUAUGUAUAUCAGUGUCCGCCGUUUCGCUUAAGCUACCGAGGGCUGGGAGAGCCCCUGUGCUUUGCUGCAUUUGGUCCUUUUGCUACUACUGCUUUUUAUUUAUUACAAGGCAGUGCAAGUGCCAUGAGCCGUUUGCCCUUAACUGGGACAGUUAUCUCGGUGUCAAUUCUAGUUGGCCUCACAACUUCCAUGAUCUUGUUUUGUAGUCAUUUCCAUCAGAUAGAAGGGGACAUGGAAGUUGGAAAAAUGUCACCAUUGGUUAGACUAGGCACGGCAAGAGGCGCAGAGGUAGUGAAAGUGGCAGUCAUGGCACUCUAUGCUCUUUUGAUUGCUUUCGGUCUGUGCAAGGCGCUUCCCCUAGCCAGUAUUUUCCUUUGUGCCUUGACCUUACCAAUUGGAAACUUGGUAGUGGGAUUUGUGCAAGAAAAUCAUAAGGACAAAAGCAAGAUCUUCAUGGCAAAGUACUUCUGUGUGAGGUUACAUGCUUUGUUUGGAGCAGCUCUGGCUUGUGGGCUGGUAGCGGCUAGAGUGGUUUAACAACAAUUCUAUGCAUGCAAGAGUCUGAAGAUGGAAGCUGUCUCACUAUUUUAUUCUGAUUCUUUGCAUUCUUCUUUUCAAGUGUUUUUCAUUUGCCUCCACUUCUUAUGGCCAAAUAAAUAGUGGAGAAAAUUUAUAUGUUGAGAUACCAAUGUAGUUAGGAGUCUCACUUAGGCUUUUUUGAUAGUUUAACAUUUUUUGGUGUUACAUACAAGGGACAAAUGCCUUUCUUUGUUUUCAAAUCUGAUUGCUCCAUGUCCCUAAUGAUGUAACUGCAUAGUUUGUAGUCCAAGUGAAUCUAUGCACGGUUGAUUCUUCUAUGUUACCUAAGAAACUCUAGAAUGGAAAUCCAAUUUACCACAUGUUCUCUACAAAUAAAAUAUGUG